AUGGCGCAAACGGUCGAUCCUAAAGCUUACUAUGGCUACCUCUUCGAGGCCAACAAGCAACCCACGAAGGUACUUGACGCGCUGUUGAGAGGCGUCGCAAACUACAUCAGCGAAUCCGUUGGAGAUAAGGACGAGAGAUGUCUCACCCCUGCAAAGCUGGCCGCAUUCUAUAAGGCUGUGGGAGGGAAUUACGACUCACUCUUCGUGGACGUCCCGCAUCCUUCGAUAUCGUGGAUUUACGCCUCGAUCGGCUGCCAGCAUACACUCCAGCCUACAACCGACUGCUUCACACCCCCAUCAAUACCCGCACUCACUGCGAAAGGGUUUGUGCGAUGGCAAUCGAUAGAGAUUCUUCUGGGGCCGGAGGAGCAUGUGCCAUUCAUACAAUAUGCCGUUGCGAAUUUCGGCAUCAAGCACCCUGAUACUGGGGAGAGCUUUCCGAAGGAGCUCCCAAAGGAAGCCUUUCCUCUCAAACCAGAUGCUGAGAUAGAAAAGUGGCAUACUAUGUGUGCUGAGAAGCUUCGUCAGCAAGCAACACCCCCCGAGGAGGAUGAAGGGCCACAUCCACAACCGCAUCCACCUCCCCGACCGCAAGUGCAAACAGGCUACGCACACGUCCGUCCAUCAGCAUAUACUACAAGAGAACGACCCGACACUAGAGAUUUUUUUGAGCCCAAAUCAAGAGCUGGAUCAAGGCCUAUCCCAUAUCAACAUGUAUCAAGCACAGGCAUACCUGUUCACCCAGGCAUGUCGUCUCGCCCACCUUCCCACCGGGCACGCCAUUUUUUCUCGCCAGAAGCGCCUGAAUCCUCACGAAUGUCACGUUCUCGUCGGCGGUCCUACCCUGACACUACCUCCCCCAUAACGCCGGCUGGCGAUGCGACGUCGCCCCAUCUCGAGCCACCCAUUAACCAUGACCAUCUGCGUCGGCACAGCCAUCCUCGACACGCGCGACGCGGUAGCUACUCAUCCGAUGCGUCUUCAGAAGGUGAUGAUCCUCCUAGCCCACCUAGUCCCAGAAAUGUGAACUACGUAGCCGGUACUGCCCGGCCCCGACGCUCACAUCCUUCCCGGGAGGAACCUCCCCCUGUCCGAUUUGCGUAUCCCAAGCCCAGCUUUUCCCCGUCAGUCCCAGCAUCUCCCGAGUCUCGAUCUCGAACUAGAGAAGAGAGGGGAAGGGACGAGGAAGUGAAGAGAACGAGUUUCCCUAUUCCGAUCGACCUGAGCGGUAAACUAUCCGCGCCCUUCCUCUUAGGGAAAAGGGACCAGGAAAGGGGGUUACCGAGGAAUAGCUCUCGCGGCGGAAAAGUUAGCUGGAAGGACCUGAGUGAUCUCCCGGAGAUGCUAAGAAAGGGCAGUAAAAGCUCCGAGGAAGAUAGGGAGAGAGAACGGGGGCGGGCAAGUAGAGACGAAUGGGAAAAGGAUCACGGGCUUGGGAACGGGAGAAGUGAUUAUAUAAGGAGAGAAAGAGAUAGAGAUAGGGACAGGGGGCAGGUCAGAACGAGCGCGUAUGCCAGGCCUUCGAGUCUUGAAGAUAUACCCAGGAGAGAUAGAGAUCGCGGACGGGAAAGAGAUCCUAUUGGGAGGGAUAUUGAUGGGCGACCUUUCCGCGAUAGAGAUCGGGACAGGAGAGCUAUGAGCCCGGUCAGAGGCGUGGAUGGGAGAUACUACUCCUCAGGCCGGUGA